AUGACCUCGGUCGACUCGUCUGCGCGGCCGCUUGCUGAGGUCGUGCUUCACGCCGAGUUUGACUUGAUCAAGGGCAGCACGCUCCGCGGGAGCUACCCGUGCUCGUUCACCCACUACUCGCCGGAGUUUUUCGCCGAUGUCAUGUUACCCGAAGGUGUACACAAUCGAACCGAGGACUGUACCGUCUUUUUCCUCAACCGGCACAGAAAAUCGCACCAUGUCCUCGUAGCACCCGAUGCUGCUACUUCGUAUGCUACUGCUACUUCAGACGCUACUGCUACUUUGGAUGCUACUGCUACUUCAGACGCUACUGCUACUACUCCCAAUGCAAAACCCACGGAGUCGACGCAAGUGGAAGAUGACCAGGACCCACUCAAGAGCUUCAUGUACUGCCUCAGUGUCGUGCGGACGACGUACGACACAGCCGCUUUACGUGGCGCCAAAGUGACGGCCGUGGCGCUCUGCUCGACGUACAAGAGCUGCGUGGCGCUUAAGGACGUGCUGAAUACAGCGGUGCUUAGGAUGGUGGCCACGACGUCCGAGACGGAGAGUGAGCAGGUGCUGAGAGAGCUCUACGACGUGGUGAAUGCCGUUGAUAUCUCAGGUAUUAGCAAGCUCUCGAGUCUCGAGAGGAGACUCAGUCAAGGCCGCUCGAUCUGCCCGUCGGGACGAGCUGCGGACGGUCGAAACGAGGCCAAGGCGCUCGCGGAAGCCCGAGUCUUCCAGACGCAAGCUCGUUGGGACGAUAUGCUCAUGCCAAUACAGUUCCAUGUUGGUAAUACGGACGACCAGCACACCGACGGCACGUUGACGCUCUUGCUGCAGACUUUUGGAGACCAGACGAUGGUACUGUUCAAUGCAGUGCUGACGGGACAACGGGUGGUGAUGCUCGGGUACAAUCGACCGGCGGGUGAAGUCUGCAAUUUUGUACUUGCGAUGAGCUCUCUCGUGUGUCCGCCGCUGUUUGGACUUGUCCAUCGCCAGUAUCCGUAUGCAAACCUCACGGAUUUAGGCUUUCUAGGCACGCCGGGAUUUAUUGCUGGCGUGACGAAUCCAAUGUUCAAAACAAAGCGCGAAUGGUGGGAUGUGCUGUGCGAUAUUUCGACUGGUGAAGUGUUUGUGUCAGCGUCAGUGGAGAAAGAAGAAUACGAUGUUGUGGAUCGCAACUUUGUUCUUGAGGUAUUGGACGGAAUAGCCGCAGGGUACGGUGAAGAGUGGGUGCGGGGCAUGUUUGAGGAAUACAUGCACAAAAACGUCGUGGACAUCGCGGUGGGUGAGGCAAAUUACUUGAGCCGUGACGCACUGGCAAAGUGCUCAGCAGUGAACAACAAGCGUAUCACCAAGUGGGCUCGCACGGACAGCUACCGACUCUUCAUGGACUCGCGACAGAGCUUACACUCUCACUCUCCGGCGUUCAAUAUAUCCAACCCACAUACAUGUGCUUGCUAUCAUAGCAAGUGGAUAUCUGUAUGUAUGUAG